GACCAGGAAUUUCUCCAGAGGUAGAGAGAGCAGCCUCGCUCGUCAGGUCCGUUGCAAAGGGAAAACUGAUAGACCGCGUUGAAACCGUGGAAGACCCACUCGUAUUCUCAGGUAUAUCCCAUGAGGACUUUGCGAGGGAACUAACUGGACGCACAGUCAAACACGCAGCACGAUAUGGGAAACUGUUCUUUUUGGAAUUAGAUGGAGCAGGAAGAAUGCCCGUAUUUCACUUUGGCAUGACUGGUAUGCUGCAGGUUAAAGGCCAGCCGUGUCUGCAUUAUGGAAAAAGCGAAGUUUGGCCCCCCCGCUUCAUGAAGUUCGUGCUGUACCUUCGUGAUGGUGAUGACCAUGAUGGAUCAAAUCCCGCCAUCACGCAAUUAGCAUUUUCCGAUGCACGGCGUCUCGGGCGCAUACGCCUUUCUACGUCCCCUCUCACUGAGCCACCAAUCGUAGAUCUUGGAUUUGACCCUAUUUUGUCCAUGCCCUCUUUGUCCGUUUUCAACGCUUUAGUCCAGAAACGCACCUGCCCUAUAAAGGCUCUUUUGUUAGAUCAGUCAUUCAGCGCCGGCGUCGGUAACUACUUGGCAGAUGAAAUCCUGUACCAUGCAAGAGUCCAUCCCGAGCAGCGCUGCCGCUCUCUGUCUGACGACCAGACGGCUGCUCUCCAUCACCAGAUAGCUGAUGUCUGUCGCAUAGCUGUCGAAGCUAAUGCUGAUGACUCCAAGUACCCUGCCCACUGGCUAUUCAAGCACCGAUGGGGAAAGGGCAAGAAAGCGGAACACACAAUGAAGCUACCCUCAGGAGCGCCUGCAACGAUCAGAUGGAUUACGGUUGGAGGCCGCACCUCGGCUUAUGUAUCCGAACUUCAACAACUUUCUUCGGCAAAAACUCAGAAACUCGACGCAAAAGAAGAUGAUAGCGAUUUGACCCCACUGUCUUCGGAAGCAGAAUCUUCGGGAGAUAAAGUUCACAAUCACGAGGUUAUCUUGAAACCAUCUCCACGGAAAAGGAAAAGACUUCGCGGAGAACCACCAUCGACGGGGGACGGGGUAAAGCUUCGUCGGUCCAAGAGGACUAAAACUUGACCCCUUUCUCUCCCCACACACCCCCGAUGCAGAUGCAAUUUCCCAGAGUGGUAUUCAUCUUCGAAGUGAAAUUUCUGGUGCAUAACUAUAUUAUGAUGGUCAAAAUUCGUCGAUGUGUCAGCUGUAAACUUUGUUGAAUUUACCACGCUCUCC